GGGGAGAUGUAUAAAAGGCCCAAAGGUUUCACAGAGCUCUAUCCACCUUCCACUGCUUGACUCGCCUUGUCAACUUGCUUUGCCAGCCGAGCCGAAGGAUGUCCUGCUCCAGCCUGUGUGUCCCCAGCUGCGGGGUGGCCACCCCGGCCCCUCUGGCUGACACCUGCAACGAGCCCUGCGUGCGGCAGUGCCCCGACUCCACGGUGGUCAUCCAGCCCCCGGCCUCGGUGGUCACCUUCCCCGGGCCCAUCCUCAGCUCCUUCCCGCAGCAGAGCGCCGUGGGCUCGGCCGGAGCUCCCUAUGUGGGAGCCGGCUCCGGGGGCGCCUUUGGAAGCCGUGCGGGCUACGGGGCCCUUGGGGGCUAUGGAGGUUAUGGAGGCUGGGGCUAUGGAAGCCGUGGUGGCUACGGGGGUUGGGGCUAUGGAGGCCGUGGGGGCUACGGGGGCUGGGGUUGUGGAGGCUGGGGCUAUGGAGGCCUUGGGGGCUAUGGGGGCUAUGGGAGCUGUGGCUACGGCGGCUGGAGCAGUGGCCACCGCUACCUGAAUGGCAACUGCUGGCCCUGCUAA